UUUCGCUCCGUUUGUGAAGAUUGUGAUUAUUUUGAAAAUAGGUUUGAAAUGUGUCUAAAAAUUGGUAUUUGUAAUUUUAUUCAGAAAUAAUUAAGUUAUUGACGUGAAGUAACAUUAUUUGUGUACAUAUAAAACACUUAAAACUUGUAUUAACAAUGAGCCAUUUCGAGUUUGCAAUUCCUUUGCAAAAGGAUGAGUUAUUGGAGUCUCACGCCGGACAGUACCAUGUUGAGGAUGUGGUGCAGCCAAGAGUCUUGUUAUCUCAAUUGCAAGACGCCGCGCGUGCCUAUAAUUCUGACGGUGUGGAAUAUAUUCUCGAGCAUUUUGACACUUAUUUUUCCAUAAUAGUUCAUGGAAACAAAUUAGAAUGGAAUGUCAUAAACAGAGGUUUCGACCAUAUAGUGCGAGCUGUGAAGGCCCUCUGCAACCAUCUAGAAGUGGUAUUCCAAGAUAAAGAAAUUGACGAAGAUGUGAGAAAGAAAAUCUUGAACAUUGUGAAAAUGACAAUGUACCUGUUUACCCAGAUUAUGAAAGUUAAGGACACUAAGUUAGCUGCUGAUAACUCUACAAAACUGACGUUGGGCAAAAAAGGCAAGAAGGUGACAGAUGAUGAGGAGUUUUGUGGCUGGACGGAGGCUGACAAGCAAGCAGCCCUGGUCACUCUGUAUCUGCUGCUGCAACAGAAUCUGUCCAGGCUGUGGGACCCACCAUUAGCUGAGGAUAACUUUGUUUCAAUGGUAGCAGAGCCAUGUUACAAAGCACUGGAGGAGCAAAUUAUUAAAAACAAGGCAGUCAGAGAAACAGUGUUUCAAGUGCUUGGUAUUCUCAUUAAAAAGUACAAUCAUGGAACCUCUUGUCUUAUAAAACUUGUACAGGUCCUUCAAAUAGUUGAGCAUGCUGUGUCGCACAUCUGUGCAGGAGUAGUGCAGCUGACCAAAGAUUUUGGCCUUGGAACAUUUGGACCACAAAUGGCCCGAGAAAUAGCGGAGGCGCUAGCGACGACGGACGAGGAGGCGGGUGGCGGCGGCGGUGGCACAGAGCAGGGCGCGGCGCGCAACUGCGGCGCCUUCCUGCUCGAGCUCACCAAAGAACUGCCCAAGGAGAUGACUGGCGCUAUUGCCUCACUCCAGUCCUACUUGGAGAGUGAUGAGUCUUACACGCUCCGUAUAAGCGUGCUGGGCAUGAUGUGCGAGGUGCUGAGCGUGGAGCUGCGUGGCGAAGAACUAACGGACGAGCAGCGCGCCCAGAGAGACGACUUCCUCGACGACUUGUACAAACAUCUGCAUGAUCUCUCCGCCUACGUGCGGCAUAAGGUGCUGCAGUUUUGGUGCCGGCUGCAGCGCGACAACUGCGUGCCGCUGGCCCGACAGCGCAGCGUGCUGCAGCGCGCGCUGCGACGCCUGCAGGACAAGGCCGCACUCGUCAGGAAGGCCGCCAUACAGCUGCUCAAGAUAUUCCUGGAAUGCAAUCCAUUUUCCGCUCAACUGAAGUUAGAUAUCCUCGAGGAACAACUAGAAACUGAGCAAAAGAUUCUCGAUGAUCUACAAAAGAAACUGAAUCCAGGCCCGGACCCUGAGCUCGCCAAGAAAUGGGACAAGAUCGAAUCGGACGUCAUCCAAAUGAUAAAGGAAAAGAUGGAUAUACUGACUCAAGAUGAGCCGGAACUUUCGCAGGCUUCGAUAGACAACAUAUACGACUCUAUUCGUAAACAUUUGAGAGAGAAGAACUACUAUAAAGCAUAUUUAAUUGUUAAGCACGCGGAAAGGCAGUAUCCUGAUGCGAAACUAUUGAGAUGUGACAUGGAGAAAAGUGAACAGGUGGAAUACUUCGUAGCGCUGCUGCGUAACGUGUUUAUCGUGCCGGAUAGGCGGCAGUCUGUAUCGCUGACACAACAAUGCGAGAACGAACUAGCGCUUUACAAACGCGUUGAAGAGAAGGAAAACAUCGUGGUUUUCCUUCAAGAGUCCGUGCACUUCUGCCGCAUGAUUUCAGAAGCCGUGCCGUUGAUAAACUCCUUGCUGAUGUCCAAGCAAGCUGGGGACGUCAGCGAGGCGAUAGACUUCUUUACAACCGCGCAUCACUUCAACAUAGACUCUGCUAAGACGGGCGUCGCUAACAUGCUGCUACUCGUGUGGUCGCCCGAUCAAGACAAACGCGAAGCAGUAGAGCGCGCGUAUCGCGAGAUGUACCUGGAGUGCGACAACAAAGCAGAGCGCGCUCGUGCGUUCUCCAUCGCCAGCAACCUGGUGCGGCUCACGGCGCACGUGGACCGCGGCAGCGCGCUGGCGCUGCAGGUGCUCGUCAAGAAGUGGGUCGACAGGGGGGACAUCACGCCUGCCAUCAUACAGGUGUUCUGGGAGAUGUUCCUAAAGAAAAUCGACGGCACUACAGACACAGAUAGCUACGCCGCUCUCGCCGUGCUGGUGAUGAUCGCGCGCGCCAAGCCGUCCGUCGCGCAGGCCAACCUUGAGCUCGUGCAGACGCACGGCCUCACCGGCGAUUACCACUCGAGGAACCUCAGCGCGCAACUACUGCUCUCUUUGGCUGAGAAGAACCAACGAUACCCCGCCGAUCACCCCAUAUUCGUUACCUUAUACGAUAGCUUAAUAGAGGCAUACUCAAAACUUAACAAGUUCACGUCAUUUGCUGCUAAUUCUAUAGACCUGAUCUACGCAGUCUGUGACACGCCUGAAGUGCUUUGCCAGAAGUUACUAGCGGAUAUGUAUAAACAAAUUGAAGAUGCGAUGGUCAAAGAUAGUGAGAAUGAGGAGGAAGUGAGUUUACCGACAGAGUUGCUCCUGCGGUUCGUGUUCGCUCUCGGACACAUCGCCUUGCAACAGCUGAUCUACUUGGAUAUAAGCGUUUACAGCGAACUUAGAAGGCGGAAUCAGGUCCGUGAAGAACGUAAAGCGGAAGAGAAGCGCAAGAAGAAGGCGGGCUUGUUCGCGACGCCGGCGCGCAAGGGCCGCGUGGACGACUUGCGGCGGCAGACGCUCAUGAACGUCAGCAACGCCAGCGCCUCCUCGCGCGGACAGCGCUCCGCCAGCGUCACCUCCAACAAGGGGCCUUCUGUGAACACGACGAUGACGGAAGACGAGGCGGGCUUGGAGGGCGCGGUGGCGGACGACGCGGACGCGGAAUACGUGCGCACGGUGUGCGACCGCGACAUCGUGGGCGCGGGCGCCGCGCUGGCGCGGUACGUGCCGCUGCUGCGCUGCCUGCUCACCAACCCCGCCAGGUGCACGCCGCAGCUGCAAGCGGCCGUCGCGCUCACCUACACCAGAUACAUGUUGGUAUCUAGCACGGUCUGCGAAGAAGGCCUACAGCUGAUGGUGACCGUUCUCAAGCGAUCUAAGAAUGUCUCACUACGAACGAAUCUCACCAUUGCGUUCGCUGAUCUGACGUUGCGGUUCCCGAACACUACACAACCGUGGACGCAUCAUAUUUAUCAUAUUUUGAGCGACGAGGAGCUAGAAGUCCGUCAAUGCGCUGUGAAGAUGCUAUCCUUCCUCGUGCUUCACGAGAUGGUCCGCGUGAAGGGGCAGAUCGCUGACAUGGCUCUAUGCUGUGCCGAUAAAGACCCGCGUAUCGCCGCCAUGACCAAAGUAUUCUUCAAACAACUCUCGCAGAAAGGCAACAACUUGUACAAUGUGAUGCCCGAUAUCAUAUCGCGACUCAGCGAUCCGGAUCUUAACGUGCCCGAAGAUCAAUAUAGAGUUAUUAUGAAGUACAUAACGUCCCUAAUUCAAAAGGAUCGCCAAAUGGAAGCUCUAGUCGAGAAACUCUGCCAGCGCUUCAAGUUGUCUACAGAAGAGAGGCAAUGGCGCGACCUCGCGUUCUGCCUCUCCCUGUUCAGCUACAACGAGCGAUCGCUGAGGAAACUCAUAGAAAACAUAGACUGUUACAAAGAUAAGCUGCACUGUCCAGGCGUAAUGGAGUCCUUCACGACGCUCAUGAAUAACACUUCGAAAAUGGCCAAAAACGAGAUAAAGAGUUUGGUAACGGAAUUAGGGGAUAAGAUAGAAGAGUGCUUCGCCGUCCGCGACAACGAGGAGGCCGAGGACAGGGACGGCGAGGGCAGGGACGGCGGGGGCAGGGACGGCGGGGGCAGGGACGGCGAGGGCAGGCGCGCCGCCCGCGCCGAGCCGCCCGCGCGCGCCACGCCGCGCCGCAAACCCGCCGCGCGCCGGAACAGGAGGCGCUCUUCUAGUCCCGAUGAGAACGAACCUCCGAACGUGGAGGAUACGCCGCAAUCAGUUCGCAAGUCGAGCAGAAAACAGACGGCGAGGUACAACAAAGUAACGGCUAAUGACUCCGAUGAAUCGGACGACGAUGACUUCCAGAAGAAAGAUGAAGAAGUCUUCAAGAAACCUGCGACUGCGAGGAAGACCACGCGCAGAAGAAAGUGAGCCAGUGCCAUGAAAUUGCAGACUUAUUUUAUAAGAUCUUUGUGUGGAAUGUAUUUUAGACAUAACUAGUACAUUACAGUUCAAGAAAAAUC